CCUCAACUCAAGCAGCUUUGGCCUUUACCUAUCAAUCUAUAUCAUAACUUGAAACAAAUCGAAAUACACUCACCUCAGGUUCUUACCUUCCGCUACGAUGAAGUCCUCCAUUAUCACUGCCCUCGUCGGCGGCAUCAUUGCACAACGUGCUGCCGCCACCCCUGCGGACGAACUCUUCGCACGUCAAGCCGGUUGCAACCGUGACAACUGCUUCCGCGCGCUUCUCGGCUCCAAGCCUGGCCCAGCUUCGGCAUCAGCAGACUGUUCAUCAUGGAUGCAGGUCACUGAGACUCCUUGCACUUCAACCGCAACCCAGACGGCCACUGUCACAUCGUACACCACCACCUUGGCCAAUGCCUACCCCGGGCUCAAGAAGAUGAAGCGCGAGGAGAUCGAGGCUCGCCAGGCCUUGACCACCACUGCUGCUGCCCCGGUCUGCACGCCAAAGCAAAACCGCCCAAGCAGCAUGCCGGCCUACGCUGAAACUGGCUGCAAGAGCACCAUCGGAACACUCGUUCCCACGGCGCGCUACUCGUCUGCCUGCUCCUGUGACGGCAUCACCGCCACAACCACCACGCUGGCUACUCCGGUUACCACCAUCACUGUCACGACCACCGUUGAGGCUGCCUUCACGCCUACGGCCACACCCACGGCAUUUGUCCUGCAAGGUUCCGGUGACCGGAGCCUGUACGUGACAGUCGAUGGCCAAGGCGCGCUCCGCCUCGUCCGCGAUGCGUCAGUCGCCACACCAUUCUACGUCGACAAGGCCGGACAGAUGCGCAAUUUGAACAGCCCGGACAAGGUCCUCGUGGACUACUACCAGCCCGAUCCUGCCACGGCCAACGACAAGGUUUACAGCGACUUGCAGGGUACCGGAAACUACCCCAUCACUUGCUCAUACACCGGUCGCUCUGACGGUGCGUACUACGGCAAUUGCCAAUCGAGCGGCUCUCCUACUGGAAACCCUGUUGUCUACGGCUUCGGAUACUGCCCGAACCAGGGCGGAUAUGUCUACAUGAUCCCCAACAACUCGAACGUUCGCUGUGCUGGAGGUUAUGCUUUCCUUGGCUUCUGCCUGCAGGCAUACACCAAGGCCUAAAGAAUUUAGGAGCUAAUUGGUUGUGUUUUCUAUUCUCAAAGAAGACAGUUCGUAUGAGACUGUUCUUCUCAAACAACUUCUUUACUCAAAGAGGCUAUUAGCCUUCAACUUUUCCCUAAUUCAUAGCUUUUGAUAGUUCGUCGUGGCGUUCCAAAUUCCAAUUCAUUACAAGUUUAAAAGGUUCACCUUGACACGUGUUUAAAGCAGUGAUGAUGCACGGUGUACAGUAUCAUGUUGUUCGAAAUAUUGGUCUAAUGUCGAAAGUUUUGAUGAAGGAUUCAUUUGCCUGCCUGUCCUCGAGUCUGUACGCUAAGCCAC